UACAGAGGCCGCGCUAGUCCGCAAAAUACCGUCGCCGAUACGCUAUGCCCCGGGCAUGCUUGUUUCUAUGUACAUAUUUUGAGUUUUAAUGUUUUUGUGAAUUGUCAUUAGUCGCUAGAAAGUUGAAACAUUUCCAUUCGUUCGACAUACGCGUAAUCGUCUUCGAACUUUCGAGGUUUCUACGUAUUUGUACUCUCUGUUCGAGAAACCCUAGCGCUGUAGAAGGAAUAAACGAAAAUUUCCAUUGUGUUUAUUUAUAUUGCUCACUCAAAUAAAGAACACCUACCCGAAGUUCAAGGUGUGUGUUAUGUCGUCUUAUAUGAAUGUGGUGCAUACAUGCAUAAUAUUAUAUAGUAAUGAAAACUAAAUGAUCUUAAAUGGGUGUUAUGGUUGAGAGCCUGUGGCGUGGUAAUUAUGGUAGUGAACAAAUCUGCGGGCGGUCGUACGCUCUUGCUGAGCACAACUGCCAACGAUACUACGGCCGCGCUUGCGGGUAACCUGCAGUCCGGCAUUUCAUUUUUACCCAAAAGUCCAAGCUUUCAUAGUGGUUUGGAUCUACUUGCUGGCCGUGAUAAGUCACCAAUCAUUAUGUACUGCGAUCCAGAAAUACAAUUGCCAAGGCUUCACGAAGCUAAUGCAUCUGAAAGAGAACAAUUGCUCAUUCAGAAAAUGCAACAGUGUUGUGUGUUAUUUGACUUUAUUUUGGAUCCACAAUCAGAUCUAAAAUGGAAAGAAAUCAAGCGAGAAACAUUACAUGAAAUGGUGGACUAUUUAUCAUCUAAUCAUGUUAAUGUGCUUACUGAAGCUAUAUAUCCUGAAGCUGUUAGAAUGUUUGCAGUAAAUCUAUUCCGUAGUCUACCUCCAUCAAGUAAUCCUAAUGGUGCAGAAUUUGAUCCUGAAGAAGACGAACCUCUUUUAGAAGCAGCAUGGCCUCAUUUACAAUUAGUAUAUGAAUUCUUUCUUAGGUUCUUAGAGUCUCCAGACUUUCAGCCAUCAAUAGCAAAAAAUUAUAUUGAUCAGAAAUUUGUUCUCCAGUUAUUGGAGCUUUUUGAUUCUGAAGAUCCACGCGAAAGAGAUUUCUUAAAAACUAUAUUGCAUCGGAUUUAUGGUAAAUUUUUAAGUUUACGUGCAUACAUACGAAAGCAGAUAAACAACAUUUUUUAUAGUUUUAUAUAUGAAACAGAACACCAUAAUGGCAUUGCAGAACUUUUAGAAAUUUUAGGAAGUAUUGUUAAUGGUUUUGCAUUACCUUUGAAAGAGGAACACAAGGUAUUCUUGUUAAAAGUUUUAUUGCCGUUACACAAAGUGAAAUCAUUAUCAGUGUAUCAUCCACAAUUGGCUUAUUGUAUUGUACAGUUUCUUGAAAAAGAUCCAUCUCUUACGGAGCCAGUUAUCAGAAGCUUGUUAAAAUUUUGGCCAAAAACACAUUCCCCAAAAGAAGUCAUGUUUCUCAAUGAGUUAGAAGAAAUUUUGGACAUUAUUGAACCAUUGGAAUUUCGAAAAGUGUUAAAACCAUUAAUACAUCAAUUAGCAAGAUGUGUCUCCAGUCAACAUUUUCAAGUUGCAGAAAGAUCACUUUACUUUUGGAACAAUGACUAUAUUAUGUCACUUAUGUCUGAGAAUGUUGAUGAAAUUUUGCCAAUUAUGUUCCCAGUAUUAUAUAAAAAUUCUAAAACCCAUUGGAACAAGAAUAUUCAUGGUCUUAUGUAUAAUGCAUUAAAAAUAUUUACUGAAACUAAUCCUGUACUAUUUCAUGCAUGCACGCAACAAUACAAAGAAGAUAGGAAGACUGAAGUGGAUAAGUUAAAAAAACGAGAUGAAAAUUGGCAUAGAGUAGAAGAGUUAGCUAAAAGAAAUCCUAACUUUACUGUAUCCAUUGAUAGUAAUUUGUCAUUUUAUACUGACUUUGCAAGAUCACCCACCAAUGAUUUAGAUCCGACUAUUGAUUUGAAAAACUUAGAAGAGGAUACCAAGUAUCAUAUAGAUACAGAUAAUCGUAAAAAUCGAAAAGAAAAACCUUUAUUGAGACGUAAAUCUGAAUUACCUCAUGAUACAUAUACUUUGAGGGCAUUAAAUGAUCAUAAGAGAGCUGAUGAAUUUCUAUCCACGCCUCCUGAUGUUAAUAAAUGCUAGCCAAUCAUUUUAGUUAUGGUGACCAUUUUAUGUUUUAACACAUCAGAGCUGAAACAGUUAAGGUUUAUUCAAAUUAAAUCAUAAUGGUUAUUCAUCUCAUUAGGGGUCAUAUAAAUGUUAAGUUUAUCUUCUUUAGGAUUAACACGUUAUUAGUAGUUCAACUACCAAAUGUUUCCAUUUGUGAAUGAAAAGUCUUGAGAAAGUAACACAUUCUUAUCUCUUCGGUUGUGUUAUUUAUUUUUAAAGUAAUCAUAAAAUGUGUCAUUUAUAUUUUUAUUUGUUUUACCAUAGUAAAUUAGUUUUUUUUUUUUUUUUGUAUAAAUAUCACAUUUUUAAGUGUUGCAUGAUAGAAUACACAAAAAUGAAGUGAGAUUGCAUUCAAGAAUAAGUUUUAAGAAUUUGUUAAUUCUCUUGUUGGUUUAUUAUUUUAUUAUUCCUUUUUUAACUUAUAUUUUUUUAAUACAGAUGUAAUAAA